AUGAGAGACUGCAGCAGGAGAGGGCGACUGCUGAGCAGCCCGAUCCUGGUGCAGCUUCUACUAGCACGGCGCGGCCUUCUACACCUCGGUCAGCUGAUGCGGGUAUCCUGUUUGAUAGAUACUGGUUCCAUGGUGUCAACCAUCACGGAGACUUGUUUCCGGUUGAGGUUUGAGCCAUGGGGCCAGGAUCGCUUGCGGUCGUGUCACUGGCUGCAGCUCCGUGCAGCUAACGGGCUUGAAAUUCCAUAUAUCGGGUACCUCGAAUUAGACAUCGAAUUGUGUGGUAGUGCAGUCCCUGAUUGUGGUGUGCUGGUGGUUCGGGAUCCCCCCGGUGGUGGCACUGACACUCCGGGCAUUUUGGGAAUGAAUGUGCUCGGUCGCUGCUACCGGGAGCUUUUCGGCCGGCAUGGAUCCACUUUAUUUGAGUUACCGUUUGUGGCUCAGGAUUCAAAAAUUACGCGGGCCUUUCAGGAUUGUCAACAAGUUACUCGAGCUUCCGAUCGCAGUAGUAACGCUAAGGUGAGAGGGCGUAGUGUGUGUCGCAUUCCAGGCGGCACUUUGAAGUUUGUGACUGCAACAUGUUCACCCUCCCUUGCGGGCAAAGCCGUGCUGUUCGAGCCUUUAGAGACCGGUUUGCCUGCGGGAUUGUUGGCCUCACCCUCUCUAGUGCAGGUAAAUGGUGGCACUGUCUUGGUCCCCAUUGUUAAUGUCGGCACCAUCGAUGUAGUGCUUUAUCCUACUACCGUUAUAGGAAAGUUAGGGGAGGUACAUUUGGUGGGUCUACCCAGUGGUCUGACAGAGGUCUCAUCGGUGACGGCUCGGGUGGCUUCUUGCGACGCCUCCGUAAUAUUAGAAUCAUUAGAUUCGGUUGAUUUGGGGGGGUUAUCGGUCGAGGAACAGGAGCAGGUUAGGGUUCUCCUUCAUGAGUACCAAAAUGUGUUCUCAAUACAUGAAGGGGACUUGGGUUGUACUAAUCUUCUCUCCCACGAAAUCCCCUUGACUGAUGAUGUUCCGGUCCGACAGCGUUAUAGACGUAUCCCGCCUUCAGAAUACGAGGUGGUAAAGACCCACAUUAGCCAGUUGCUCAAUUCCCAGGUAAUUCGGGAGAGUUGCAGCCCAUAUGCCUCUCCAGUUGUUUUGGUGAGGAAGAAGGACGGUAGCCUGCGCAUGUGCGUAGACUACCGUCAGCUCAAUUCCAAAACGCGUAAGGAUGCGUUUCCGUUGCCUCGUAUUGAGGAAACCCUGGAUUCAUUGGCAGGGGCCCACUGGUUUUCCACUUUAGAUCUGGCCAGUGGGUAUAACCAGGUCCCUGUCUCUGAAUCCGAUCGUCCAAAGACCGCCUUUUGCACGCCCUUUGGGCUAUUCGAAUGGAAUCGGAUGGCCUUUGGGUUGUGCAACGCACCCAGCACGUUCCAACGCUUAAUGGAGCGGCUCUUUGGCGACCAGCGGCAUCAAUCUGUCAUGUUAUACCUUGACGAUAUCAUCGUGUUUUCUUCGUCUGUGCAACAACAUCUGCAAAGACUAAGGAUGGUGCUGGAUCGCUUAAGAGCCGAAGGCCUUAAAGUAAAGCUUGAGAAAUGCGCGUUUUUCCGUGAGAAGGUAAGAUAUUUGGGGCAUGUAAUUUCGGCCCAGGGAGUGGCGACAGACCCAAGUAAGGUUGAGGCCGUAGCUCAGUGGCCUUGUCCUAGCACAGUUUCAGAGUUGCGAACUUUCCUGGGUUUUGUCGGCUACUAUAGGCGUUUUGUAGAGGGGUUCGCUAAAUUAGCGGCCCCAUUACACAAAAUCGUGGCCGAAUUAACUCGAGGUAAGUCAGGUAAGCAUAGUCAGGACUUGGCAGUCGCGUGGUCUUCACAGUGCGAGGAGGCAUUUCAGACCUUGAAACGCAAACUUACGACAGCACCAGUCUUGGCGUAUGCGGAUUUUACGCAGCCAUUCAUACUGGAAGUUGACGCCAGCUAUGCAGGGCUCGGAGCGGUGUUGUCGCAGGAGGUCAAUGGGAGGGUUAGACCAGUUGCCUAUGCUAGCCGUGGCCUUCGGCCGGCUGAGCGAAACACCGCCACAUAUAGCUCCAUGAGGCUUGAGUUUCUGGCCCUUAAGUGGGCCAUGGCCGAAAAAUACAGAGAAUACCUGUUAGGGCAUAAGUGCGUUGUUCGUACCGAUAAUAACCCGUUGAGUCAUUUGGCUACAGCUAAGCUGGGUGCUACGGAGCAGAGGUGGGCAGCUGAAUUGGCCGCAUUUGACUUUGAAAUUCAGUACCGGGCCGGCAGAACAAACCAGAAUGCUGAUGCACUGUCCCGGCUGCCUUCGGCGGGUCAGAUGAUUGGCAGUGGUGAUUCAUUGGGGUCGGUUGUGCCGGAGCUGUUGAGGCGAGCCGUGAGUUUGGAACCAGUGCAGGCUACCACGCUGAGUGCAAUUCAGGUUUUGCCGAGUCGUUCAGCACUUGACCUUAUGGCCUUACAGGAGACAGACCCUGUUAUAGGGGAAGCCUUAAGGUUCUGGAAGCAAGGGCAAUGCCCAGGGCCACAAGAGCGGAGAUCUUUCCCUAAGCCUUUGACCUUGCUCCUUCGCCAAUGGGAUCGGUUAGUACAGCAUGAGGGCCUAUUGUAUCGUAAGGCUUUUCGCCCUGAUGGAGGGGAAGUGGUGCUUCAGUUAGUAGUUCCCGAGACUUUGCAGUCAGAGGUUCUAAUGUCAUUACACCAGCAUCAUGGACAUCAGGGCGUUGAGCGCACCCUUGAACUGGCACGGCAGCGGUGCUACUGGCCGGGUAUGUCCACUGAUGUAGCCCGCUGGAUUCAGCGGUGCGAACGGUGUCAGCAAGCCAAAGAUGUGGCACCAGUCGCCCGAAGCUACAUGGGUCACUUAUUGGCCUCCCGCCCAAAUGAAAUAGUUGCCAUUGAUUUUACAAUGUUGGAGCCAUCUCAAGCCGGGCAGGAGAAUGUAUUAAUAAUGACCGAUGUUUUCAGCAAAUUUACCGUGGCGAUUCCUACUUGGGAUCAGCAGGCCACGACUGUGGCCCGGGUCCUGGUGGAGGAGUGGUUUUUUAAGUUUGGGGUCCCUGGCCGGAUUCAUUCCGACCAGGGCCGCAAUUUUGAGUCCCACUUGAUCCAGCAGUUGUGCAGCCUCUACAACGUGGGUCGGUCUCGCACUAGUCCCUACCAUCCAGCCGGUAACGGCCAGUGUGAGAGGUUUAAUCGGACCCUGCACAAUCUGCUGCGAACCUUGCCUACCGGGAGGAAAAGGGACUGGGCAUCAUGCCUGGCGCAAGUGUUGUUUUGUUAUAAUACCACUCCCCACCAGGCCACUGGUGAAUCCCCUCAUUUUUUAAUGUUUGGGCAAGAACCAAGGCUGCCUAUUGAUUUCUUGCUCGGCCAGAUACAAGAACCUGUGGCAGGCCGAGUACACAAGUGGAUGGAGGAGCACCAGGCACGGCUAAAUGUUGCCAUGGAGGGGGCUCGAGAACGGCUGCAGGUUGUGGCAGGCCGCCGUAAGGCAGGACAUGAUCAACGGGUGAAGGAACUACUAUUGAGCGAGGGCCAGUUGGUCUACCUGCGGGAUUAUGGGGUCAGGGGUCGCCACAAGAUCCAUGAUCUGUGGAGUUCCACUGUGUACCAGGUAGUCAGAGCCCCUCAGGCUGGCGGUUCGGUGUAUACAGUGGCCCCGGUAAGCGAUCUGAGUCUGGUUCGAAAUGUCCAUCGUUCCGCAUUGAAACCUCAAGUCCAGAGCGAGACCCCAUUGGUCGAUCUUCCCGAGAGCCCAGUUGAGUCAUCGGUGUCCUUGGAGGCCCAAGUAGAACUGGAAGAUGGAGAUAUGGCCUAUGUUGCAUCUAGGGCACCUUCGAUGGUUUGUGAAAGGACCACCGUAAGUAUGCUUCCAGCAGAAGAACUUGACACCGCUUCUCAUCCGACUGAUUUAGAGGUAGUGCCUAUAGCGGAGGCCAGCAUAGGUCCAGUGCCUGUGCUAAGGCCCUUUUCCACAGGACCAUCUGAUCUUUCUGUGAUGGCUCCACGCCGUACAAGACGAGUAGGGGCGGGGCAACAUUCCAAUGUCCAUCACUUACCGCGAACGAAAUGGGGCAGCCAGUGGCAGAGAAAUAAGCGUCUCUUCCUGAUUGUGGUGGUAUCCUGUUUGAUAGAUACUGGUUCCAUGGUGUCAACCAUCACGGAGACUUGUUUCCGGUUGAGGUUUGAGCCAUGGGGCCAGGAUCGCUUGCGGUCGUGUCACUGGCUGCAGCUCCGUGCAGCUAACGGGCUUGAAAUUCCAUAUAUCGGGUACCUCGAAUUAGACAUCGAAUUGUGUGGUAGUGCAGUCCCUGAUUGUGGUGUGCUGGUGGUUCGGGAUCCCCCCGGUGGUGGCACUGACACUCCGGGCAUUUUGGGAAUGAAUGUGCUCGGUCGCUGCUACCGGGAGCUUUUCGGCCGGCAUGGAUCCACUUUAUUUGAGUUACCGUUUGUGGCUCAGGAUUCAAAAAUUACGCGGGCCUUUCAGGAUUGUCAACAAGUUACUCGAGCUUCCGAUCGCAGUAGUAACGCUAAGGUGAGAGGGCGUAGUGUGUGUCGCAUUCCAGGCGGCACUUUGAAGUUUGUGACUGCAACAUGUUCACCCUCCCUUGCGGGCAAAGCCGUGCUGUUCGAGCCUUUAGAGACCGGUUUGCCUGCGGGAUUGUUGGCCUCACCCUCUCUAGUGCAGGUAAAUGGUGGCACUGUCUUGGUCCCCAUUGUUAAUGUCGGCACCAUCGAUGUAGUGCUUUAUCCUACUACCGUUAUAGGAAAGUUAGGGGAGGUACAUUUGGUGGGUCUACCCAGUGGUCUGACAGAGGUCUCAUCGGUGACGGCUCGGGUGGCUUCUUGCGACGCCUCCGUAAUAUUAGAAUCAUUUGAUUCGGUUGAUUUGGGGGGGUUAUCGGUCGAGGAACAGGAGCAGGUUAGGGUUCUCCUUCAUGAGUACCAAAAUGUGUUCUCAAUACAUGAAGGGGACUUGGGUUGUACUAAUCUUCUCUCCCACGAAAUCCCCUUGACUGAUGAUGUUCCGGUCCGACAGCGUUAUAGACGUAUCCCGCCUUCAGAAUACGAGGUGGUAAAGACCCACAUUAGCCAGUUGCUCAAUUCCCAGGUAAUUCGGGAGAGUUGCAGCCCAUAUGCCUCUCCAGUUGUUUUGGUGAGGAAGAAGGACGGUAGCCUGCGCAUGUGCGUAGACUACCGUCAGCUCAAUUCCAAAACGCGUAAGGAUGCGUUUCCGUUGCCUCGUAUUGAGGAAACCCUGGAUUCAUUGGCAGGGGCCCACUGGUUUUCCACUUUAGAUCUGGCCAGUGGGUAUAACCAGGUCCCUGUCUCUGAAUCCGAUCGUCCAAAGACCGCCUUUUGCACGCCCUUUGGGCUAUUCGAAUGGAAUCGGAUGCCCUUUGGGUUGUGCAACGCACCCAGCACGUUCCAACGCUUAAUGGAGCGGCUCUUUGGCGACCAGCGGCAUCAAUCUGUCAUGUUAUACCUUGACGAUAUCAUCGUGUUUUCUUCGUCUGUGCAACAACAUCUGCAAAGACUAAGGAUGGUGCUGGAUCGCUUAAGAGCCGAAGGCCUUAAAGUAAAGCUUGAGAAAUGCGCGUUUUUCCGUGAGAAGGUAAGAUAUUUGGGGCAUGUAAUUUCGGCCCAGGGAGUGGCGACAGACCCAAGUAAGGUUGAGGCCGUAGCUCAGUGGCCUUGUCCUAGCACAGUUUCAGAGUUGCGAACUUUCCUGGGUUUUGUCGGCUACUAUAGGCGUUUUGUAGAGGGGUUCGCUAAAUUAGCGGCCCCAUUACACAAAAUCGUGGCCGAAUUAACUCGAGGUAAGUCAGGUAAGCAUAGUCAGGACUUGGCAGUCGCGUGGUCUUCACAGUGCGAGGAGGCAUUUCAGACCUUGAAACGCAAACUUACGACAGCACCAGUCUUGGCGUAUGCGGAUUUUACGCAGCCAUUCAUACUGGAAGUUGACGCCAGCUAUGCAGGGCUCGGAGCGGUGUUGUCGCAGGAGGUCAAUGGGAGGGUUAGACCAGUUGCCUAUGCUAGCCGUGGCCUUCGGCCGGCUGAGCGAAACACCGCCACAUAUAGCUCCAUGAGGCUUGAGUUUCUGGCCCUUAAGUGGGCCAUGGCCGAAAAAUACAGAGAAUACCUGUUAGGGCAUAAGUGCGUUGUUCGUACCGAUAAUAACCCGUUGAGUCAUUUGGCUACAGCUAAGCUGGGUGCUACGGAGCAGAGGUGGGCAGCUGAAUUGGGCCGCAAUUUUGAGUCCCACUUGAUCCAGCAGUUGUGCAGCCUCUACAACGUGGGUCGGUCUCGCACUAGUCCCUACCAUCCAGCCGGUAACGGCCAGUGUGAGAGGUUUAAUCGGACCCUGCACAAUCUGCUGCGAACCUUGCCUACCGGGAGGAAAAGGGACUGGGCAUCAUGCCUGGCGCAAGUGUUGUUUUGUUAUAAUACCACUCCCCACCAGGCCACUGGUGAAUCCCCUCAUUUUUUAAUGUUUGGGCAAGAACCAAGGCUGCCUAUUGAUUUCUUGCUCGGCCAGAUACAAGAACCUGUGGCAGGCCGAGUACACAAGUGGAUGGAGGAGCACCAGGCACGGCUAAAUGUUGCCAUGGAGGGGGCUCGAGAACGGCUGCAGGUUGUGGCAGGCCGCCGUAAGGCAGGACAUGAUCAACGGGUGAAGGAACUACUAUUGAGCGAGGGCCAGUUGGUCUACCUGCGGGAUUAUGGGGUCAGGGGUCGCCACAAGAUCCAUGAUCUGUGGAGUUCCACUGUGUACCAGGUAGUCAGAGCCCCUCAGGCUGGCGGUUCGGUGUAUACAGUGGCCCCGGUAAGCGAUCUGAGUCUGGUUCGAAAUGUCCAUCGUUCCGCAUUGAAACCUCGAGUCCAGAGCGAGACCCCAUUGGUCGAUCUUCCCGAGAGCCCAGUUGAGUCAUCGGUGUCCUUGGAGGCCCAAGUAGAACUGGAAGAUGGAGAUAUGGCCUAUGUUGCAUCUAGGGCACCUUCGAUGGUUUGUGAAAGGACCACCGUAAGUAUGCUUCCAGCAGAAGAACUUGACACCGCUUCUCAUCCGACUGAUUUAGAGGUAGUGCCUAUAGCGGAGGCCAGCAUAGGUCCAGUGCCUGUGCUAAGGCCCUUUUCCACAGGACCAUCUGAUCUUUCUGUGAUGGCUCCACGCCAAAUGGGGCAGCCAGUGGCAGAGAAAUAA